AUGCAAGAUGAGUCGUCUCGACUGAUCACACACCAGCCGGGAACCUUGGAUACCUUCAAACUCGACUUUGGCCCCUUUUCUGAAUCGGAAUUGAGUAACUUCUUGAUUGUCGACUCUGAUACUGAGGAACUUCGUGAUGAUCCUGACAAGAAUGAAAAAGAUGUGUUUAACCAAGUUUCAACCUUGGUUGUCAAUGAUGUGGAUCGUUGGAUCCCAUCCUUGUCCGACUGGAUGGAUAUUCAUUUCGGAUUCUUGCCCCGAUGGCGUCGGGAUGAUGCCCAAGUCAGUCUGGCCAGAAAGGGUGGAGGCAUUGGACCUCAUGUGGACAAUUAUGACGUCUUUCUGAUACAAGCCAGCGGCACUCGCACCUGGAAGGUGGGACUGGAAACUCUUUCGGUAAAAGAUGAGUUUGGCAACUUGGUGGAAGCCUCCGAAGUCCGAGUUUUGGAUCUAGAAGGACAACCAGCUGGUGAAUUUGUGACAAUCCAACUCGACCCAGGGGACUGCUUGUACUUACCUCCACGAGUCGUCCAUUGGGGAUCGGCAACGUCUGAUGAUUGCAUGACGCUAAGUGUCGGAUGUCGGGCACCCUCUGCAUCCGAACUCCUUCAGCGUGUCACCGAAUCCAUGUCGGACUCGUCUUCUAUCUUGGCAACCGCACGCUAUACUGACAUGGAGGAUAUAGCAAAUUGGUCCAAACAACAACAUGGCGGCAACCAAAAGGGUCUCUCUAAAAAGGUCAAGGACAAGAUGAAAAGGUUGGUGCUGGACUUGAUUGAGGAGCAAUUGGACGAUGAUGCUUUUUGGGACAAACUAGUGGGCGAGGUCGUCACGGAACCAAAUAGGCCUACCAUGGACUAUCCAAUACCCUUGUCUGAAAUGGACGAAGAGUGGAAAACUGAAUUGGGAAUAUGGGCGGAUUCAAAACAAGCUCUCGGGGGUGUCUUGGGUGGAACUGGAGUCUUGCGUCGUGCAGAAGGCAUUGCAUUUGCAUGGUCCGUCUUGGAGGAAAACGAAAAGAUGGGUCCUAUUAUGUUUGCGCAAGGAAGAUCAUUCCCGCUGAAUGAUAAUUCUGACGCUGCAUCACUUCUCCUAGAUAUGAUUGCCAAUGGAUUGCCGCUUAGUCGGCAACGAUUGGACGAGCAAGGAGUUAAAGUAUCAGAUACCAUGAAAUCCUUUCUUCUUGAGUUGAUUGAGGAGGGGUUGCUAUAUGGUGACGAUGACGAUGAUAAUAAUGACGAUGAUGAAGAUUAG